AUGAACUUGAGGAACACAGUAACCCCGCUAACCGCUUCCAUUGCAAUUCUUUUUCUCUUGGGGACUUUGCUACUAUAUUUUCUUACAGUCUUGUCCGGUGCUACAGAACACUCAAUCUUGAAGAGAUUCUAUUGGCUUCAAGCAGAUUGUUCAAAGUUCCCCGGUGCUCCCUUUAGUGGCCAAUGCAGAUGGACUAAUUACGCCAUUUGCGCCGUCGUGGACGGCUAUAACCACAACUGCAUAAAGUCGGCUGCACACCCAUUCUCCCCAAAGGAUAACUUUAGCUCCACAGUGGGAGUUCCAAUGGCCUUUAUCAAUAAUAGAAAUUACUACUACUACACGAGCAGAAUCGGUUACGCCUUUGAAUUAGUGGGAAUCUCCUUUUUGACAUUUUCUCUAAUGGCCCUUGUUGUCCACCUCUUUACAAAGUUUAAAGUCAAGUUGGCCUUUAAGGGCCUCUUUUGGUCCUUCUACAUAUUGGCCUUUGUCUUCACCGUCAUCUCUGUCGCAUUGUCCACUUCUGCAUAUGCCAAGGGAAGACAAAAGUUUAGAGACGACGGCAUUGAGGCUUCCCUAGGCACGAAAACCUGGGCUGUUGCUUGGACUACGGUCGCAUUGAUGCUAAUCAACAUGCCUCUCUUGGCAUUGGCUACAGUAGAAUGGAACAAAGGUAGAGACUCCUUUUACUCCCCAGAUUACUAUACUACUAAUAAAGAGUCAUACCAGGAACCUCUUGCUGUAAACCCAGUUCCAACCUCAACCGGCCCUUGGUUCAAGAGAAGAUCAGCAACUAAAAACUCAUCCUACUCGCAACAACCGCCAAUCUCAGCCACUCCGGCUAUAAAGGAAGAAGUUAAGGCAGGGGCUGUUCCCCUAGAUAAACACCCGGCAGAUGAUACCCUCCAACCUUAG